AGUAGUGUGUAUACGCGGCUGUGCGUGCAUCGCAAGCGAGCGAGAACAAAAAAAAAGAGAGAGCUGCAGCAGGCAAUAGUAGAUACUAUAGUAGUAGUGCAUCCACGGACGACGACGACGACGACGACAACGACGACAACGACAACGGCGGGGGCUGGGUGCAGUCAGUGAAGAAGAGAGUAGAGAUGCCUGGACUACUCGUAGCAGCGCCUGUCAUCAGAAUCGCGACUCCACUUCGUGUUAGACGACGAUCCUCGCCGAGUCUCCUGCUACUGCUGCUACUAGCGGUGUAGCGUCUGCCUGUAGAGGCCAGCUUUUAUCGUAUAUAGGUAGCAUUAGAGUAUACAGCCUGCAGUCUUCUUCCGCGCCCGUGACUGACUGCUCGUCGUUAAUGCCGGACUAGAGCGCUCUCUCGCUCUCGCUCUCUUGCUCUCCCCGCCCGGAUCAACCUAGCGCCCGCGCUAGCUCGCUCUUCGCAACUCCAGCAGGAAGGAAGGAAACGAGGAAUGGCCAAUCGAUAGGGACGCCUCCGCUAGUCGUACCAUUGGAAACUUAUAUAUACUGUAAAAACGGAAGUGUUUCUGUGUGCGAGCGGCGCACUUUGCUUGAAUAUAUUCCCGUGCGUGCGCGCGUAUACUACGAGCCGCACCGUGAAAAUUGGAAAAUCAGCGCCGCGCCAGCGCGUGCAUACAGUGUGUGCGAGUGUGGCUGGCAUGGCUGCGGCGAUGCCGCCGUCAUCAGCGUCGCCUCGUUCCUGAGCGCUGUUUGGACAGACGAAAACCCGGAAAAGACAGACGCGGACACGCAGUUGUCGUAUAUAGUGUCGCGGAGUGUGAAAAAGACAAGUAACUCGCGUUCAUUGUUACAUAGAAGAGUGAAAGAUGGUUUCGAAGCUGCAGCACGGAGGGAACAACAGAUACCAGGGCGCCGGCACGUUUACCGAGACUCUCGGGGCCAGCAGACGGGCCACGGACAACAGCAGCAUGGGUCAGCGCGAGGACUUUGAGUUCCGCGUGCCGCCCGAGGCUCCGGUGUUCGAGCCCACCAGCGAGGAGUUCCUCGACCCUCUCGGCUACAUCGCCAAGAUAAGGCCGGUCGCCGAGAAGUCGGGCAUCUGCAAAAUCAAACCUCCACCCAACUGGCAACCACCAUUUGCUGUGGAUGUGGACAAAUUUAAAUUUGUUCCAAGGAUACAAAGGCUAAAUGAAUUAGAAGCAAAAACUAGGAUUAAGCUUAAUUUUUUGGAUCAGAUAGCAAAGUUUUGGGAGCUGCAGGGAUCCUCUUUAAAAAUCCCAUUAGUAGAGCGUAAAGCACUGGAUCUCUAUUCACUACACAGAAUUGUUACAGAUGAAGGUGGGAUUGAAACAGUGACAAAAGAAAGAAGGUGGGCUAAGGUAGCAAAUAAAUUAGGCUAUCCUUCUGGACGCAGCGUCGGCAGUAUUCUUAAAAGUCAUUACGAAAGAAUUUUAUAUCCAUUUGACGUCUUUAAACAAGGAAAAACUUUAGCAGAUAUUAAAAUUGAACCAGACAGUGAUGCGAAUGAAAAGAAGGACAGGGACUACAAACCACAUGGAAUAAUAUCACGACAACAAAUAAAACCCCCACAAGAAAAGUUUUCUCGGCGAUCAAAGCGUUUCUCAGGACAAGAUGAGAAACAAAAUGGUUGUCAAUCGACCAUUAAACAGGAAGAUUGCAAAGAAGAAUUUGACCUUGAUUGCAAAGAUAACAUUAAAGGCAAAAAUAUUGUUGACACAAAAGAUAACAUCAAAGGAAAGAAUGUUGAUUCCAAGGACAAUGUUAAGGGAAAAGGAGCAGCAGAAAGCACGAAUGGCAUCAAAACUAGAGGUGCAGGAGCUGAAAAAGACAAGGAAAACAGUAAAGAACUUAAGAAAUUACAAUUUUAUGGACCUGGUCCGAAAAUGGCUGGCUUCAAUACCAAAGAAACAAAGAAACCUGCUUCCAACAAAACUAGAGGCGUUAAACUAGUCUAUGAAUUCGAUCCACUUGCUAAAUACAUCUGCCACAAUUGUGGAAAAGGAGAUAAUGAAGAAAAUAUGUUACUUUGUGAUGGAUGUGAUGACAGUUAUCACACAUUCUGUCUGUUACCGCCAUUAACGGAAAUACCGAAAGGCGAUUGGCGAUGUCCUAAAUGUGUUGCUGAAGAAGUAUCUAAGCCAAUGGAAGCUUUUGGAUUUGAACAAGCUCAAAGAGAGUACACAUUGCAACAGUUUGGUGAAAUGGCGGAUCAGUUUAAGAGCGACUACUUUAACAUGCCCGUUCACAUGGUACCAACUGAAUUAGUUGAAAAGGAGUUUUGGAGAAUUGUAUCAUCUAUAGAUGAAGAUGUCACUGUUGAGUAUGGAGCUGAUUUGCAUACUAUGGAUCAUGGGUCUGGCUUCCCAACAAAGACAAGUGUAAACCUUUUUACUUGUGAUCAAGAAUAUGCAGAAUCAGCUUGGAAUCUAAAUAAUUUACCAGUAUUGCAAGGAAGUGUCCUUGGUCACAUCAAUGCAGACAUCAGUGGAAUGAAAGUGCCAUGGAUGUAUGUAGGAAUGUGCUUUGCUACGUUUUGUUGGCACAAUGAAGAUCAUUGGAGUUAUUCUAUCAAUUACUUACACUGGGGCGAACCGAAAACAUGGUAUGGCGUGCCAGGAUCCGAGGCUGAGAAGUUUGAAAGAUCUAUGAAGUCUGCUGCACCUGAACUCUUCCACAGUCAGCCAGAUUUGCUCCAUCAAUUGGUCACCAUCAUGAAUCCUAACAUUCUUACAAAUGAGGGUGUUCCAGUAUUCAGAACCGAUCAACAUGCUGGGGAAUUCGUUGUCACUUUCCCCAGAGCUUAUCAUGCUGGGUUUAAUCAAGGCUACAAUUUUGCUGAAGCUGUAAAUUUCGCUCCUGCCGACUGGUUACAAAUCGGCAGAGAUUGUAUAGCUCAUUAUUCGAAUCUCAGACGGUUCUGCGUUUUUUCACACGACGAAUUGGUUUGCAAAAUGUCUUUGGAACCAGACAAUUUGGACGUUGGAAUCGCCACCGCGACUUAUCACGACAUGUUAACCAUGGUUGAGGACGAGAAGAAGCUAAGGAAAAAUCUAUUGGAAUGGGGUGUGACUGAAGCCGAGCGUGAGGCCUUUGAACUUUUGCCUGACGACGAGAGGCAGUGCGAGGCAUGUAAGACUACAUGUUUCCUGAGUGCAGUGACGUGCUCGUGUCAAAAAACACAGUUGGUCUGCCUAAGGCAUUUCAGAGACCUAUGCGAUUGUGCUCCUGAAAAGCACACUUUGAGAUAUAGAUAUACCUUAGACGAACUUCCAAUCAUGUUGCAAAAGCUCAAAUUAAAAGCCGAGUCUUUUGACCCAUGGGCUAGCAAGGUUAAGGAGGCUAUGGACCCAAAGGGAGAGAAGAUCGAGCUUAGCGAACUGAAGGAACUGUUGGAUGAAGCAGAGGUUAAAAAGUUUCCAGAGAGCGAGUUAUUGACUGCACUGACGACUGCUGUGCAAGAUGCUGAAAAGUGCGCCAGUGUUGCAAGGCAGUUAUUGAGCAACAAACAAAGAACAAGAACAAGGCAAUCAGUUGACGCUAAAUUCAAGCUGACAGUUGAAGAACUAACCUUAUUUUAUCAAGAAAUCACGAAUCUUUGUUGUGAACUGAAAGAAGCAGAUGGUGUCAAAUACAUACUAGAUCAAGUGCUACAAUUUCAGAAAGAUGCCCAAGAAUUAGAAGCACAACAACAAGCAGAUUGCGAUAUUGAGAAACUUGAAAAAUGUAUUGAAUACGGUGACUCAAUUUGCAUUGAGCUACCUCAACUUUUCAGAUUGAAACAAAAACUUCAACAGCUGCAAUGGUUAGAUGAGGUUAAGUCCCUUCAAGAAGAGCCAAAUUCUGUAACUCGGCAAGAUUUGAGAAGACUGAUUGAAGAAGGCACAAAUGUUCCUUCACACACAACUGUUGAAAAUGCACUUGCUCAACUUCAAGCUCUCAUGAUUAGUCUUGAUAAUUGGGAAGAUAAAGCAAAACUGUACCUUCAACCAUCUAAAAACAGACAAACCAUUGCAUCUGUCGAAGAGCUUAUUGCUGAAGCAGAUAAUAUUGAUGCGUACUUACCAGGAUUAAGUAAUCUUAAGGAUGUAUUAAACAAAGCUAAGAAUUGGACCAAAACUGUUGAAGAUAUCCAAGCAAGAGAUAAUUUUCCAUAUUAUGAUACUUUAGAUGAGCUUGUCCGUAAAGGAAGGACAAUUCCAUUACAUCUUGAUGCUUUGCCGGUCCUCGAAUCAACUUUGGCUCAAGCCAAAAUAUGGAAAGAACGAACCGGUAGAACAUUCCUUAGGAAAAAUUCCCACUACACAUUGAUGGAGGCUCUUUCACCUAGAAUCGGUGUUGGACUACAUGCAAUGAAAACUCGUAAAAAUAAUAAAGGAGAAGAAACCAUUGGAGCUGUAUAUGUUUGCGAUACAAAAUUAGAUGACACUAAUGAUUCAGCCACGGUUGUGGCAGCCUUUAAAUUGGCAGAGCAGAGAGAAAUGGAAGCUAUGAAAAAUUUAAGAGAAAAGAAUUUCAACAAAAUGCAAGCCGAUGAUUCCAAGUUCUGCGUUUGUCGUAGACCCAAAUUUGGCCAAAUGUUGCGUUGUGAACUCUGCAAGGAUUGGUUCCACACAAAUUGUGUACCUGUUCCAAGGACUCCAUACAAAGGCAAGCAACAAAAUUCGCGAGUCUCUAAAUUUUUAUGUCCUUGCUGUCUGCGAUCACGUAGACCACGUCUAGAAACGAUUUUAUCACUCUUAGUGAGCCUUCAAAAAAUCUCUGUCCGUCUACCUGAGGGUGAAGCCUUGCAAUGUCUUACAGAACGUGCAAUGAACUGGCAGGAUCGAGCCCGUCAGGCCUUAUCAGCUGAAGAAGUAUCUAGUGUACUGGCAAAACUCAGUAGUUUAUCUCAAAAGUUAACAGAAGCUGCGGCUAGAGAGAAAACCGAGAAAAUUAUAUCUACUGAACUAAAGAAAGCAGCAAACAAUCCAGAGCUUCAUCAGAGGGUUCAGGCUAUUCAGUCUAUAAGCGGUGUACAUUCUGAUGAUAGCGUUAUAAGCGUUCCCGAUGAGGACGAGAGAGUAGACGAUGAUGACGACGACGAUGACGAUGACAGCGAUAACGAUGUAUUAACGAUCGAUGAGGAUGAACCAAAUAACGCCUCAUUUAAUAGUAAUGAACAUGCAUAUUCAACAGCGUCAAAAUUCCCUUCGAAAUCAGCUACUGGUGAUGAUAAAGACAAAGCGGUGACAUUAUCCAGCAGUACCACAACGCGUUUAGAAGAACUAAUGAUGGAAGGAGACCUUUUGGAAGUUGCAUUGGAUGAAACUGAACACAUUUGGCGAAUUCUCAGCCAAACUUGCACUUCCUCGAAAAGUGUGCGUAAAUAUGCACCAUUAGACCAGUCAGCCACUGCUAGUGAGUCGAAGGAAGUUAAAAAGACACCACAGUCGAGAGGCCGUAAACGAAAGUCUGAUGAAGUCGAAAUGAUGAAAAAGUUUGGACGACAGAGAAUAGAUGAUAAACCUGCCGUUAAGCGUAAAGGAUUAAAUAAAGACCCAAAACCGUCUACAGCUACAACUCCAGUAAAGCGUGGCCCACGCAAGGUUAAACGAAAAGAUAGUGAUGAAGGUCCCAAAAGAAGAACUGGAAAUCGGAAAAAGACUAAACAAGAUACAUCUGAUGAGGAAGAAGAUUGCGCAGCUUCCGAAUGCUUAAGACCAAAUGGACGAGAAGUAGACUGGGUUCAAUGUGAUGGCGGGUGCAAUGGAUGGUUCCAUAUGCAUUGUGUCGGUCUAGAUCGAACGGAACUUGCUGAAGAAGAUGAUUAUAUUUGCAGUAAUUGUAAUGACGGAGAUGUAAACUCAUCGAGUCAACAGGAUUACUACUCAUUGCACUCGCCGCAUGCCGAGCUCUCUGACGAAGAAGACGAUAUGGAAGAGAAUGUACAAGAGACAGUUAGCCUCAUUAGAAUAUAUUAAUCGGCUGCAUCGGCUUGUCAAGGAGAAAACAAUACCACCUGGCAAUCAAUUGCUGCAAAUAUCUUUACACAUGCUGAUAAUAUACCUGAAAUAUAGUGUAAACAUAAGUAAACACUAAUGUAAUUAUUCAAAUUUGUACACAUGAAAAAGUAUAUGGAGUAAAAUAUAAGAAGUUGCUGGUUGAUCUACGGUUAGUUCCGAUAAAAAAAACCUGUUUUUAAGCUAAGUACAUAAAAACGGCGUUACCAUCGAUUCUGAAAGUCGUUACAAAAGCUAGCAGCGUUAUAGUAAUGUUUUAAAUACAGAGAUCAUAGAUAACAGUAUACAUUUCAACAUCAAGUUUCUUAAACGAUCAUGUCAAGAAAAAAGGGUCAUUUUAAGAUAUUACAAUCGAAGCGUAUUACGAGUCGCUGUUUCCAAAAGUUUUCAAACUUUAUACUUAUUACCGUUGAAACUCGUGGAAAGGCGAUGAAACUACGGUUCUAUUGUAAUCAUGUCACAUAAUUCAAAUAAUUAUAUUUUUGUAAAAAAGGCGAAAAUGAUGAGCAAGAAAAAAAUAAUUUAGAAAAUUAUUGCUACCAUAUAACAGAAUUUAUUCUAUCAAGUUUUUAAGUCAUCAGUAAAUGUGAAUCACCCAUAAUAAUUAGUUCUUCCCUUGAACAGUGAUUAUUUAUAAAAAAUUUAUUUUAUACUCCACAGAGUUGCGCUUAUUUUAUUUGUGUAAAAAUGUUGCUAAAAUUUUUUAUAUUGCCUAAAAGAAAGUAUUUUCUACCUACAAGGAACAUUAUUUCUUUUUUUUUCAUCAUGCGUUUAAAAUUACAUAUCGUAAAUUACUAUUUUGGGUAUGCGUUCGCUUAUUAUUGAAAAUAUUGUAUUUUUAUGACCAAAGGAGUUGCCAUCUCCCAAGUGUUUUACGUAUCAAAACUGUUUGAACAAUCUUCGUCUAUUAUUUGAAAAUAUUUUUUCUUUGUUUCUCGAAAGCAAUGGUUGUUAUCCAUUCUUUUUGCAUCUGUAAACUGUCUGAAUAAAUAAAAUUCCUUCUCUAUUUUGUCGGGUAAAGUUGAGCUUUAAUUUUAUACAUACGUUUGUAGAAUUCCGAUCAAAAAACUGUAAGAUUGCUAAUAAUGAUUUAUCGAUAUCACGCAAUUGUAAUUAGCGCAAAUAAAGAGUGCAUUUUGUUUCCUUGACAAUGAACCUGCGUAUAAUUUGCGAGCAUUCAAUCUCGCGAACGAUACAUAGGACAACAUCGUAAAAUCCAUUUUUAAAUGCAGAAAUAACCACUAAUUGUACGCAUACAAACAAUUAUUAUAUGUUGAUGAUUGAUACAUGCAGGCGCACUUACAGGUAUGCACGCAUACAUGUUACCAGUUUUGGUGAUGUAUGCGCAGUGACUAUUUUACGAUGCGAUUUAGAAGCGAGAUUGAUUUGAUGCGCAUACAACUUCAUUGCAUGCAUAACUUUUACGCAGUAUAUUACGUAUGCGCAAUUAUUUGUAUGCACUUCAAAAGAAUCUCAAAUAUAUAAAUAUAUAAUAUAAGCGAGAUAUCGAUAUUUGUAUUUGGAUAUAAAUAAUAAGAAUGAGGAAAGAAAGAUGAUAGAUAUUAUUAUAUUAUUAUUAUUAUCAAUAAUAUUAUUUUUUAUUAUACUGUACGUAUAGCUGUAUAGAGAAGCAAACACUAUGAACAGAUUAUUACAUUAUCGUAGAAAUUGUGAUUUCAGAAAGAAUUGUAAUAAUAAAUAUUACCUGUCAAAA